GAGAGGUCUGCCUCAGAAUCUUGGCUUGGCCGGCGUCGGUUUCCUUCAACACUGGCUGGCCCACAGCGAAACCGCUCAGAGUGGCAGAGAGACCGGAGGAGAGGCCGCUUGUUAACUUCUUCCCUGCUGCUGGACCAGGAGAGAGACUCCUCCAAGCUGAGAUUUGGGAACGAUGUUCUCCACAUGGGCUCUGCUUUUUCUUUUAAUGCUGAGUAAGCCAGCACUGGUUGCCGCCGAUCCGGUACGCAUCGACCCCCAAGGCCACCCAGAACGGAACGACUGGUGCGACAACCACAACACAAUUCACAGGCGUUUAGAGAACAUCCAAGAGAAGGUAGAAAAAACAGUUGACCACCUGGAAUCGGAAGUCAAGUCCCUUCUCAGCGCUGUAAGCGAAACAGCCUGGAAUGUCCCUCUGGCUCCUGAAACGCCGCUCCUGGAUAUCUUUGAAGAUCCCAGCUGAACAUGGCAAAGAUGGUGGAAUAGAAGGACAGCUCCGAAAUAGGCACGGCCCAUCUGGAUAAUUCAUACAGCUGCACUCCAUCCCAUCUUUAGCUUUUCAGCUAAAACAGUAUAUCUAGUCUUGGGACAGACAAUAUUUCACAGCGAGCCCCUGUAAGUUGUUCAGUAAAAUUCACUAACAAUUAAAAAAAGACAUUAAUUCGGAAGACAC